AUGGAGGCUGACACUCGCUGGAAUGAUGUCCAGAAGGUCCUCGGCUACAUUGCCCCCAUUUGCACCACAUACGAUGAGGACGGCAUCGACGUGUACUUUCUGAAUCACAGAAAUCGGCAACAGCUGGGACCGAGGACAGAUAGCAAAGCCAGCGGUGGCUACUACAACAUCCACGACGCCGCAGCAGUCGACGGCAUCUUCAAAGAAACCCGUCCCCGGGGCGGCACCCCCACGGGCACACGCCUCAGCGACAUCCUCGAGCCCUACGUUGGGAGCCUGGAGGAAGCCAAAAGGACGGGCGAGCAGGUCAAGCCCGUUAACAUCAUCGUCAUCACCGACGGCGAGGCGACGGUCGACCCGGAAGACGCCAUUGUCAGGUACGCCAGAAGGCUCGACCAGCUCGGCGCUCCGUCGCAUCAGGUCGGCAUACAGUUCUUCCAGGUGGGCGACAGCAAACAGGCCAGGCAGUGGCUCAAGGAUUUGGACGAUCAGCUCAGGAAGCAUGGCAUCCGGGACAUGGUGGACACGGUGACCUGGGGUGGGUUUGCUGCUCGCUUUUUCAAGACGCUUUCUGCGGAUGCGAUCCUCAAGACUGUUCUCGGAGGGGUUGUUCGUCGUCUGGACAGGAAGCCGUCUUGA